AUGGAAAGUUCUCGCUUGGAAAAAACGAAGGCACGAAAGUGCGAGUCCAUCAAGGAUGCGAUUCUAAUACCAAAGAUCCUCGACACAAUGGUGGAACCACUAUUUUCUUUGCCAUUGGACUUGAUGAGUCCUAAAAGAUGUAAGAGAAAAGGAGAGGCGCUAAUCAAGAAGACGGGAAAGAUGCAAAAAUUUCGUGACGCUGCACCUCACACAGCGAAACGUCUACGCGAGGAGAAGUUUCGCAGAUUUAUGGUAGGUUUGAUAGUGAAACCAGAGCUAUCGGAGAAAGAGAAAGACGUGGAUCUGAGCGAUGACAUGGACAUCAAUAGAUAUUAUUAUUAUGUUUGCAACGGAGUCGAUACGAUUCACACGGUUAGCAUCGAGGAUGUCUUCGUCGAGGCGAUACUCGAUCUGGUUCCCGGCAGCCUGCGCGAUAAAUUUCCCGAAUUUGCCAGUGAUCUGAUCCUCGAGAUCAAGGAAGACUUCACGAAGAACAUGAAGAAGGCCAUCGUCGAGUUCGCGCUUACGGAUCCUUCCGAGCUUGAUGCGGUUCAGAAGGAUGAGCGAUGUAUCCAGCCGGACUCGUGGAAACACAUAGAACACUGUCGCGAAAUUUUGUUCACCGAUCUGUAUUUAAUAAAUCCAUGUAUGCGGAUGACGCUGGAACAGUGGGUCCGCGAUUACAGUCAAUUUCGGCUGAUUAAUCUGGAGCACGUUGCCGCGCACGAGGAAAGCUGGGACCUGCCGAAUUUUCAUACCUUAAUCACUCGUCAGAUCGUUGCCAAUCGGCGGAUUCUGAAAAAAGACUGGUAUAACGGGAUUCAAGAGAUAUUUCUCGUGAAUAAUAGAAAGAAGAUGGUGCCGAGCCCGUUGCGACGCAAGCAGUUCAAACGAUUCUUCGAUUGCGCCGGCAAGCUGAUGGAGUCGCAGCUUUUAAGGGCCUGCAAGCGCUCUCUGCGGGAUUUCGUUAAUUACGUCGCGGACGGCAAGCCUGUAGCCUGUCGCUUUAAGGUGAGCAUCGCCGUGGUCUCCAAGGAGCUCGCUUUUCAGCCAUCCUUCGACAAAUUCAAGAAAUCACUUUGCGACAUUCUCGAGGCGAUAUGCGACGCCGUGAGGAAUUUUGAAAGAUUGGAGACGCAGCUCUAUCUCGAUUGGGCGGGGCCUCAAGAAUUUCUCAAGCCGCAGAUAUCGCAGCCCAUCGUGGAGAAGCUCAAGGGACAGAUAAAUCAGCUGAUCGAUCGCGAAAGAAUAAUCCCGGAGCGGAAGAUGGCAGAAUUGAGAAAAUACGAGCACCUCUACAACGACGAGGAGCUCGACCGGACGGAGGCUUUCUUGCUGAACGAGAAGAUGAAGCUGGGGGAGUACGAAAAGAAAAUUAAACUCUAUCACGAUCUCGCCGGAAGAAUACCAAUCGAGAUCGAGAGGACCGUCUUUGCGGGAUUCUUCGAAGUUUCCCACGCGCCCUUCGUUAGGGCCGUGGUGGAGAAUGUCGAACGUUUCGAAGGGCUUCUAGUUCAUUGCCUUGUCGACCGAUAUCAGAAUACGACGAAGAAUAUCAUAGCGGAAUAUGAAGCUAUAUCCGAGCGAGUCCUGACCCCGCCUCCCAAUACCGCGGCUCUGAUGGAACUCAUCAAGUUCGUCCGAACUACCAGUGACGUCACUCUAAAGAGCCUGGAGCUCAGACUGCUGGACGUGAUCGAGCACAUCGCGUUCCUGUCGGAUUACUGGUUGCUAACGGAGAGCGAGAUAAGUAACAACAGCGUGGCCUUUCAAUGGUAUCACAGAAUGCCCCAGAUUUUCGAGGACAACCGGGUGAUCAUUGAGAACAAGACGCAGGAGUACCAAGAUGCGCUGAAAGUCAGAUAUCAGAAGUUCGAGGAGGAAUUGGACUCGUAUGUGAAACAAGUGGAGGAGAUGCAAUACUGGGGCGACAUCGAUGAGGUGUAUCGGUAUCAGCGUAGGGCGCAGAAUUUGGAAAACCGGCUGAUCACGGCGAUGGACAAGAUCGACAAGUUCAACGAGGAGGAGGUCGCUUUUGGCUGGGAGAUCACACAGUAUCCUCUGCGGAAACGGAUCGCCGAUCGUCUGCAACCCUUCAAGAAGCUCUUCGACUGCAUCUGCGAGUAUUUGACCAAAUACGACAAAUGGAUUAACAGUACAAUCGGCACUUAUAAUCCCGAAGACAUCGACAACGACGUAGGAACGUAUUACAGGACGAUCUACAAGCUGGAGAAAGCGUUUCAAGAACCGGACGUGCGUGAGCUGGCAGCCUCGGUUCGAGAGAGAAUCGAGGAGUUUAAGGAUCGGGUGCCAGCAGUAAUGACUCUGGGCAAUCCCGGGAUGAAAGCGCGACAUUGGGAUCAAGUUUCGGCGAUCGCGGGCGUUCCCAUUAAGUUCGACGCCGAUCUGACGCUGGGCAAGGUCCUGGCUAUGGGUCUGGACGCUUAUAUCGCGCAGUUUGAGGGUGUUUCUGAAGCCGCCACGAAGGAAGACACUUUGGAGAAGGGCAUGGACAAGAUGCAGCGGGACUGGACCGAUCUGACCUUUACGGUGAAUCCUUACAAGGACACCGGCACUUAUGUCAUCGCCGGCGUCGACGAGAUACAGCUUUUGCUGGAUGAUCACAUUACGAAGGCGGUGACCAUCAAGAACUCGCCUUACAUUAAGCCUUUCGAGGCCCGAAUAAUUAAAUGGGAGAAGACGUUGCACUUGCUGGAGGAUAUUCUGGAUCAGUGGCUGAAGGUACAGGGCACGUGGAUGUACUUGGAGCCAAUCUUCACCUCGCCGGAUAUUCAACAGCAGAUGCCAGAAGAAGGAAGGAAGUUUGCACAGGUCGAUAAAAUAUGGCGGGACAUCAUGAAGAAUGUUCACGGCGAGCCGCAUGUUCUCGCUAUCGUCGAGAUCGAAAAGAUGCUGGAACGGCUGAAGAAGAGUUUCGGGCUAUUAGAACUGAUUCAAAAAGGUCUGAACGAUUACUUGGAGAAGAAGAGACUCUUCUUCCCCAGGUUUUUCUUCCUUUCCAACGACGAGCUGCUGGAGAUCCUUUCCGAGACGAAGGAUCCCACGCGUGUGCAGCCGCACUUGAAGAAAUGCUUCGAGGGUAUAGCUCGACUGAAGUUCAACGAAGACCUCGAGGUGCUGGCGAUGCGAUCCACAGAAGGCGAGGAGGUUGAUAUCCUAGAAAUCAUAUCCACUUCCAUCGCUAGGGGUCAAGUCGAGAAAUGGCUGAUCGAGCUCGAGACCGAGAUGCGGAAGAGCGUGCGCCACAUGGUGCACCAAGCGAUCGUGGCGUACCACAUCAAGGCGAGGACGGCCUGGGUCCUCGAGUGGCCCGGCCAGACCGUUCUCUGCGUGGAUCAGACGUAUUGGACGCAACAAGUCGAGGAGGCCAUGUUGAAGGGUGUGGCCGGGCUGAAAAGAUACUUGGACCAGUGCCAAGAGGAGCUAAACGAUAUCAUUCUACUGAUCAGGGGAACUCUCUCGAAGCAGAAUCGCAUCACCUUGGAGGCGCUAGUUACUUUGGAUGUUCACAGCAAGGACGUCCUCGCGGAACUGUACAAAGAGCAAGUGGUAAAAAAUACCGACUUCAGAUGGCUGUGCCAACUUAGAUACUAUUGGCUGGAAGACAACAUGUGGGCGUACAUGAUCAACUCGUACAUACGUUACGGUUGCGAGUACCUCGGCAAUACGUCUCGUCUGGUGAUCACACCUCUGACGGAUCGAUGCUACCGCACCCUCUUCGGCGCUCUGAGCCUUCACCUGGGCGGCGCGCCCGAAGGACCGGCCGGUACCGGCAAAACGGAGACCACGAAGGACCUGGCGAAGGCGGUCGCCAAACAGUGCGUGGUCUUCAACUGCUCCGAGGGCCUCGACUACAUCGCGCUGGGCAAGUUCUUCAAGGGCCUCGCCUCGUGCGGCGCCUGGUCCUGCUUCGACGAGUUCAAUCGAAUCGACCUGGAGGUCCUGUCGGUCGUGGCUCAGCAGAUCCUGACGAUUCAGUGCGCGAUCAACGCCGGCACCGAGAAGAUGAUUUUCGAGGGCACGGAGAUCUACCUCGACCCCACCUGCGCCAUAUUCAUCACCAUGAAUCCGGGCUACGCUGGCAGAACCGAGCUGCCGGACAAUCUCAAGGCCCUCUUCCGCCCGGUGGCGAUGAUGGUGCCCGAUUAUGCUCUCAUCGCGGAGAAUACUCUGUACUCUUAUGGCUUCUACAACGGCAGACCGUUAGCCGUAAAAAUUGUCACCGCUUACAAGUUGUGCUCGGAGCAGCUCAGCAGUCAGCAUCAUUAUGAUUACGGCAUGAGGGCGGUUAAAUCCGUGCUGAUCGCUGCCGGCAAUCUGAAGCUUCGUUAUCCCGACGAGUCCGAGGAUAUCUUGAUGCUGAGGAGUAUUCUGGACGUUAAUCUGCCGAAGUUUCUGGUUCACGAUCUGCCGCUCUUCGAGGGGAUAGCUUCGGAUUUGUUUCCCGGCGUCGUGCUGCCGACGCCGGAUUACACGCACAUCAACGCGUGCACGCGGGAUGCGUGCGCCGCGGCGAAUCUGCAAUGCACGGACCACUUUUUAGAGAAGAUCCAGCAGAUCUACGAGAUGAUGAUCGUGCGCCACGGCUUCAUGAUCGUCGGGCUGCCGUUCGGUGGCAAGACCUCGGCCUACAGGAUGUUAGCGGACUGCCUCGGCCUUUUGGAGGACAGGGGAUUGAUGGACGAGCAUCGCGUCGAGAUCACCGUCAUUAAUCCCAAGGCCAUCACGAUGGGCCAAUUGUAUGGCCAAUUCGAUCCUGCGUCGCACGAGUGGAGCGACGGUGUUCUGGCGGUGUCCUACCGAGCCUUCGCCACUUCCGUUAAUCCGAACAGGAAGUGGCUGGUCUUCGACGGCCCGGUGGAUGCACUUUGGAUCGAGAACAUGAACACGGUAUUGGACGACAACAAGAAGCUUUGCCUCACAUCUGGAGAGAUCAUCCAGCUCGCGCCUACGACGAACUUGAUUUUCGAGCCCAUGGAUUUAGAGGUUGCGUCGCCUGCCACGGUGUCACGGUGUGGUAUGAUCUACAUGGAACCGGUGAGUCUGGGCUGGACGCCACUUUUGACGUCGUGGCUGAAUACAUUACCUCCCAGUUUCACCGAGGAAAUUAGAAGCCAUUUGAAGGGCAUGUACUUGCGCUUUUGUCCGCCUCUGUUGCAUCUGAUUCGCCGUUGCGGCGCAAAGGAAAUGAUAACGAUGCCGGAUGCUAAUCUAACGCGCUCGGUUAUGUACUUGUACGACUGCUUCCUGGACGAUUUUCGCGACGAGAAGUACGUGAGCGCGCUCUCCGACUUGGACAUGAGAGCGCAAGUGGAAGGCUGCUUCUUUUUCUCAUGCAUCUGGACGAUGGGUGUCACAUUGAUGGUCAACUACCGCGAGUGGUUUAGUAUGCUCUUCAGGGCGUUGGCGGAACGCGAAUUUCCGCGGGAAGUGCGUCAACGCUUCGGCAUCUCGCCGGAAAUUGACGAUCUGAAGAAACCCUACAUAGUCCCACUACCGACCACUGGUUCGGUCUUCGACUAUAAGUACAUCAAGGAGGGUAAAGGCAGGUGGAAACUCUGGCUGGAGGAUUUGAAGGACGUUCCGCCGAUCCCCAGGGAUAUGCCGGUGAAUCAGAUUAUCAUCUCCACGGUGGAGACCGUUCGAUACUUUCAUCUCUUCUCGUACCUCGUCCGCCAUCAUAAACCGGUCCUUCUGGUCGGGCCGACGGGCACCGGAAAGUCCGUCUACAUCAUGGAGUUCCUGCUGAAGAGGAACAAUCCUGAGAUCUUCAAACCGCUCUUCGUGAUAUUUUCGGCGCAGACUACUGCCAAUCAGACGCAAGAUAUCAUCAUGAGCAAGCUGGACCGAAGAAAGAAAGGUCUAUAUGGUGCGCCGCCUGGCCAACACUGGGUGAUUUUUGUGGACGACGUGUCGAUGCCGCAGAAGGAGGAAUACGGGGCGCAGCCCCCCAUCGAGCUUCUGCGCCAAUGGCUCGACCACUGGACCUGGUACGACCGGAAGGAGGUGGUACCGAUCAGGCUCGUGGACGUCCAGCUGAUGUGCGCGAUGGGUCCGCCCGCGGGCGGACGUGACGUCACGCCGAGGUUCAAACGGCACUUCGUCACCCUGGCGAUCUCCGAGUUCGACGACGACGUCCUGGUUACCAUAUUCAGCAGGAUCACCGCCUGGCACUUUGCCACCCGCGGCUUCCCGGAGUUCUUCGAGCCGUGUAUCGAUCAAGUGGUCCACGCCACUCUGGACGUGUACAAAGAGAGCAGGAAAAACCUGCUACCGACCCCCGCGAAAUCGCAUUAUCUGUUCAAUCUGCGAGAUUUCUCGCGGGUCAUUCAGGGGGUGCUACUCUCCACUCCCGAAGCCAUUAGCGAUCUGAUAAGCAUGAAACGUUUGUGGGUCCAUGAAGUGCUUCGAGUUUAUGGGGACCGGUUGGUGGACGAGGCCGACAGCAGGUGGCUGGUGGAGCAGAUCCGGAAGACGAUAAAAGAACGUAUGAACGACGAUAUGGAACGCCUUUUCCAGGAUCUGCAGGAUAAGCCCGGCGCAGAAAUAACAGAGGUGAAUCUGCGAAACCUCAUCUAUUGCGACUUCCACGAUCCGAUCGCCGAGCAGAAGUUGUAUAUAGAGAUCCAAGAUUGGGACGCGCUCGCCGAAGCGGUGGAGGAGUAUCUCACAGAGUACAACGAUAUCUCGAAGACGCCGAUGGAUCUGGUGCUCUUCAGAUUUGCGAUAGAACAUCUCUCGAAGAUCUGUCGGGUGAUGAUGCAACCGCGCAGCCAUGCUCUUCUAGUUGGUAUGGGCGGUUCCGGUCGGCAAUCCCUGACGAAGUUGGCGGCUCACAUAUCCGAUUACGAGCUCUUCCAGGUGCAGAUAUCGCAGCAGUACGGCAUGUUCGAGUGGCACGAGGACCUGAAGAACAUCCUGCGGAAGAGCGCCGCGAGUGAUCUUCACACGGUCUUCCUCUUCAUGGACACGCAGAUUAAGGAGGAGGCCUUCCUGGAAGAUAUCAGCAACCUCCUGAACUCUGGCGAAGUGCCUAAUCUCUUCGCGGCGGAAGAGAAGUCUGAGAUCUGCGAGAAAAUGCGAAUUAUCGAUCGGCAGAGAGACAGGUCUGUACAGACGGACGGCAGCCCGGUAGCGCUCUUCAACUUCUUCGUGCAGACGGUGCGCGAGCACCUCCACGUGGUGGUGACGAUGUCGCCGAUUGGCGAUAGCUUUCGCACCCGGAUCCGCAAGUUCCCCGCGCUGGUGAACUGUUGCACCAUCGACUGGCUGCAACCCUGGCCCGAGGACGCCCUGCUCGCGGUUGCCACGCAGUUCCUGGGCGAUAUCGACAUGCCGGGCGACGAACGUCACGCCUGCAUUACGAUGUGUCAGUAUUUCCACACGUCCACGCAGGAACUGACAAGAGACUUCCUGAGACGGCUGAAUCGUCACAAUUACGUCACGCCUACGUCCUACCUAGAGCUCAUCAACACGUUCAAGGAUCUACUAGACCGGAAACGAAAGGAAGUACUGCGGGGCAAGAAGAGAUAUGAGGCUGGUCUCGGCAGGCUGGACAACACGCGCAAGGAGGUCACCAGGAUGCAGCAAAUCUUGGUAGCUCUUCAGCCGAAGCUGCUGGUGGCUGCGAAGGACGUGGAGGGCAUGUUUCUAGAUGUGCAGCGGCAGAGCGAGGAAGCCAGCGAGAUCGAGCAAGUUGUUAAGAAGGACGAGGAGGCCGCUAUGAUCGUCGCCGCGGAAGCCAAAGAGAUCCGCGUUGAAUGCGACGCGGACCUUCAGGAAGUAAUGCCGAUACUGGACGCGGCGAAUGCUGCACUGAACACUCUGACACCACAGGACAUCCAGAUCGUCAAAUCCAUGAAACGCCCGCCGGCUGGCGUGCGAUUGGUCAUGGAAGCGAUUUGCAUACUGAAGGACGUGAAGCCGGAGAGGGUGCAAGGUCCGGAGGGUCCGAUGGACGACUAUUGGAAGCCGUCGCUUCGCAUUCUGGGCGACAUACAUUUCCUGGAAUCGUUGCUGAACUACGACAAGGACAACAUCCCCGAACGUAUCAUGACCAAGAUCCGCACAACGAUCUUGACGAAUCCGAACUUCGAUCCGGAACGAAUCAGGCAGGUGUCGACUGCCUGCGAGGGUCUUUGCCGUUGGGUGUUUGCCCUGUCGGAGUACGAUAAGGUCGCUAAGGUAGUGGCGCCGAAGAGGCAGGCCCUAGCGAAGGCCGAGGCCGACUACUCCGCAGCGAUGGAGCAGUUGACGCUGAAGAGGAACCAGCUGCAGGAGGUGCGGGAGAGACUGGCCCGACUGGAAACCCUGUUGGCGCAACGACGGGCCGAGUACCAAGCGAUGACCGACGAGGUGAAGGAAUGCGAGGAGAAGUUGAGGAGGGCCGAGGAGCUGAUCGGAGGUCUCGGUGGCGAGUACACCAGAUGGUCCGAGACCGCCAAAUCGCUCGGAGAAAGCUACCACAAAUUAACGGGCGACAUUUUAAUCGGUUCCGGCGUGGUGGCCUACCUCGGCGUCUUCACGACGCAGUAUCGGCAACGGCAAGUGGAGAACUGGGUGGAGUUCUGUACCAGACUGAAUGUUGUCUGCACUCAGGACUUCCAGCUCACGCAGGUGCUGGGCGAUCCGGUGCUCAUCCGCGGCUGGAACAUAUUCGGCCUGCCGAGCGAUCUGUUUUCUAUCGACAAUGCCAUAAUCAUCUCGAACUCGCGUCGCUGGCCGUUGAUGAUCGAUCCGCAGGGUCAGGCAAAUAAGUGGGUGAAGAAUAUGGAAAAGGCAUCGAAUCUGCACGUCGUCAGACUGACGCAACCGGAUUACAUGAGGAUCCUGGAGAACGCCGUGCAGUUCGGACAGCCGGUGUUGCUGGAGAACAUCGGCGAGGAGCUGGACGCGGCCCUGGAACCGCUGCUGAUGAAACAGACUUUCAGAUCCGGCGGCGCGUUGUGCAUCAAGAUCGGCGACAGCAUUAUCGAGUAUUCCGAUAAAUUUCGAUUUUAUAUCACUACGAAAUUGCGGAAUCCACAUUAUUUGCCGGAAGUAGUGGUAAAAGUCACUCUGUUGAACUUUAUGAUUACUCCGGUCGGUCUGGACGAUCAGCUUCUGGGAAUAGUCGUUGCGAAGGAGAAACCCGAACUCGAGUCCGAGAAAAAUCAGCUGAUAGUUCAAGGAGCGGCUAAUAAAAAGAUGUUAAAGGAGAUAGAGAAUAAGAUCUUGGAGGUGCUGUCCGCGUCCAAGGAGAAUAUUCUCGAGGACGAAACUGCUAUCGGUGUGCUGAGCUCAUCGAAAAGUCUGGCCAAUGAGAUUCAAACUAAACAGACUGCUGCUGAAAUUACCGAGAAGUCGAUCGACGCGGCGAGAUUGCAGUACACGCCAAUUGCGGUCUAUAGCACUAUUCUCUUCUUCACAAUAGCCAUGCUGGCAAAUAUCGAUCCGAUGUAUCAGUACUCCCUCGCUUGGUUCGUCAAUCUCUUUAAAAAUACUAUCGACAACACGCCACCAGUGGAAGACAUAAAGCAGCGUCUGAAGGACCUCACCAAGUGCUUCACCUAUUCCCUAUACGUCAACAUAUGCCGCUCGCUCUUUGAGAAGGACAAGCUGCUCUUUUCGCUCUUGCUGUCCGUGAACCUGCUGAACAAGCAGGGCCAGCUCUCCAUGGCCCAGUGGAUGUUCCUGCUGACCGGCGGCGUCGGCCUCGAGAAUCCCUUCGCCAAUCCCACCGAAUGGCUGCCGGCGAGGUCCUGGGACGAGCUUUGCCGAUUGGACAGCGUUACAGGAUUCUCGGAAAUAAGAGACUCCUUUAUGAAAAAUAUCAAUGAAUGGAAGAAGAUAUUCGAUCACAAAGAGCCUCAUACUUCGUUUUUUCCCGCUCCUUGGAAUAAACUGAGCAGCUUCGAAAAGAUGCUGGUGCUUCGUUGCAUUCGUCCUGACAAGAUAGUGCCGGCGGCACAAUUGUUUGUCGAAGAACAAUUAGGGCAUCAGUACAUCGUGCCACCGCCCUUCGAUCUGGCGGCCUCCUUCGCGGACUCGCACUCCUGCAUCCCGCUGAUAUUCGUCCUGACACCCGGUGCGGAUCCCAUGGCGAUCUUAUUGAAAUUCGCCGACGAUCAGGGUUUCGGUGCCAGCAGGCUGUUCUCCUUGUCCUUGGGCCAAGGUCAAGGGAUUAUCGCCGAGGGUCUCAUUGACGAAGGCGUGAAGAACGGCACCUGGGUGGUGUUGCAAAAUUGUCACGUCGCCAAAACUUUUAUGGUCACUCUGGAAAAAAUAUGCGAGAGCUUCACGAAGGAAACGGUGCACCCGGACUUCCGGCUGUGGCUGACGAGUUAUCCGGUCGAGCACUUUCCGGUCAGCGUUCUGCAGAACGGCGUGAAAAUGACGAACGAGCCUCCCAAAGGACUGCGCGCGAAUAUUUUGCGAUCUUUUCACCAGGACCCGAUCUGCGAUCCCGACUUCUUCGACAAGUCGAAGCAGCGGGUGACCUUCAAACGGCUGCUCUUCUCGCUUUGCUUCUUCCACGGCAUCGUGCAGGAGCGACGGAAGUUCGGGCCGAUCGGCUGGAACAAUCAGUACGAAUUCAACGAGACGGAUUUGCGUAUCAGCGCGCUGCAGCUCAAGAUCUUGCUCGACCAAUACGACGACGUUCAGUUCACCGCAUUGAAAUACCUGACCGGCGAGUGCAAUUACGGCGGUCGCGUGACCGACGAGUGGGACCGACGAACCCUGAACACGAUCCUGAUGCGAUUCUAUCACGAGGACGUGGUCGUGGCUGAUCGGAAAUAUCUGUUCGAUCCCAGCGGCCUUUAUUACGUACCGUCGGUCAGCGAGUACGGUCAAUUCUUGGAUUACGUGAGAGAAUUGCCGAUGACCACCGCGCCCAGCGUCUUCGGUAUGCACGAGAACGCCGACAUCAUCAAGGAUCAGCAGGAGAGCUACUUGAUGCUGUCCUCCAUCCUGACCACUCAGGACACCGGCCAGGCGGAAGUGGACGCCGAGAGAUCGCCGGACAAGGUCGUCUACGGCGUCGCGUCCGACAUCCUGUCGAGAUUGCCGCAGGACUACGAUCUCGCAGUCGCCCUUGACAGGUAUCCCACGCUGUACGAGCAGAGCAUGAAUACCGUGCUGGUUCAGGAGAUGGGCAGAUUCAACAGACUCCUGCAGACCAUCCGUAGCAGCCUCGUGAACAUCCAGAAGGCAAUCAAGGGCCUGGUGAUAAUGAGUCCCGACCUCGAAGAAGUCUACUCGUCGAUCAUCAUCGGCAGGAUACCCAAAAUGUGGAUGACGGAUUCUUACCCUUCUCUGAAGCCGCUCGGCAGUUACAUACACGAUUUUCUGAAGAGGCUGAACUUUCUCCAGGCUUGGUAUACGGAAGGACCUCCCACAUCUUUCUGGAUUUCCGGUUUCUACUUCACACAAGCGUUCCUCACCGGUGCCCGUCAGAAUUACGCACGAAAGUAUUCCAUUCCCAUCGAUUUAUUGAUCUACGACUUCGUCCCUCUGAAGGACACUGUUUUCGAAAAGCCGCCGGUCGACGGGGUAUACAUUUACGGGCUAUUUCUCGACGGAGCUCGCUUCAACCUGAGCACAAUGAAGCUCGACGAAUCCUUCCCGAAGAUCCUUUACGAUACCGUGCCUUACAUUUGGCUGAUGCCGGUGACGAAGGAGCAGGUGCAGGACAAGGACACGUACACGUGUCCGGUGUACAAGACCAGCGAGCGGAAAGGCGUGCUGUCGACCACCGGCCAUUCAACUAAUUUUGUCAUCGCAAUCUGGCUACCGACGUCGCAUCCGCCGGAGCACUGGAUCCUGCGUGGCACCGCCAUGCUGUGCCAAUUGUCAGAAUAACAUGGGGAUCGAUCUCUUGAUAACGGGAAAAUCCUGGACAUUUCUCGCUUUGGAAAAUAUAUACGUCGCCGUAAUUGACUUCCUUCAGCGAAUUAAAUUCCUCGAACUGUUUCAAUGGAGAAUAUUCAGUUAUCCGUCUUUAAAGAACAGAUUUACUUCAACAAAUCUGAGUCGCAAUAAUUAAUUUCUCGUUAUUAAGUUCUUGGUGUUCGUGCGAUUGAGAAAAGAAAAUGCAUAAGUAUAAACUUAGCUUACUUAGCGAUGCGUUCGGGAAUUUCCGUCUCGUAAUACGCACAUGCCCUGCCUUUCACGUAACAUAGUAAACAUGAGAAAAUAGAAUACAUAAUAAUUACAAGUCAAUAAAAAUUACAUUAAUAUUUAUUUGAAAUACAUAAAACACGUUUUAUGUAUUUAAAAUGCCGCGUUAUAUAAUAGAACAAUAAUUCUAUGAAACUCUUUUGCUCGAGAACUUUUAUGCCAGUGAUAAACAGCGUCGUAACAAACAAUAACUAGGACAUGAAAUAAAAUUUAAAAUAUUGUCUUUUGUACCUAUGAAUAAUAUCUAAAUAUUCUAAAUACAUGAAAAUUCAAAUCUUA